AUGCAUGCGCAGAGCCUAAUAGUAUCGCUCUUGGUUCCCAUUCUCCUCCUUUUCUGCCCCUCGCUGCUGUCUCUGGUAUCUCCAGACUCCUCCAUGAACAGCCUCCUCAGCUCCUUCCGCUCAAUCACCCGCUCACGCCUCGCCCUCCCCAACAACAGCCUCCUCGGCCGCAGCACAAUGACAACCUUCACCCUCCCCUCCACGUCCACCACUGUCCACCUCACCCCCGACCUCACCCAAUCCCAACUCCUCGAGUUCCGCCCCUUCAAAGACUGGCUCUCAAAGCUCCAACACUCGCUCUCCCUGCAGUCCCAGAACACCAAGCACCCCUUCCACGCCGAUCCCUACAUCCUACACUCAAUCACCAUCCAAUCCGUCGACUUCUUCGGCGGCUCGCGCAUCGGCUUCCUCAAGCUCAAAACCGACAUCAAGUCCGCCUCCGGCGCCUCCCUACCCGGCUCCGUCUUCCUCCGCGGUGGCAGCGUCGCAAUCCUGCUCGUCCUCGAGACCAAGACCAAGGGGCAGAGCGAGCGCUGGGUCGUGCUCACCGUGCAGCCGCGGAUCCCUGCGGGCUCGCUCGAGAUGGUGGAGCUGCCCGCGGGCAUGAUUGACGACUCUGGGACGUUUGCCGGUGCCGCGGCAAAGGAGAUACAAGAGGAGUGUGGGAUUGAGAUUGCGGAGGACAAGCUGAUUGAUUUGACGUCGAAGGCGCUGGGGAGCUUGGCGGCGGCGGAGGAUGAGAGGUUGGAGGAGGCGGUAUAUCCGAGUCCAGGCGGGAGCGACGAGUUUAUGAAGAUCUAUGCUUAUGUGCAUCAGGUUGAGGAUGGGACGUUGGACGAGUGGAGGGGGAAGCUGACGGGGUUGAGGGAUGAGGGGGAGAAGAUUACGUUGAAGCUUGUGAGGCUUGAGGAUCUGUGGAGAGAGACGAGGGAUGCGAAGGCCCUAAGCGCAAUGGCGUUGUGGACGGGAUUAAAGAUGUAG